AGUAACCUAAUAUGGACUGCGCAUGCUAUAGCACGUUGGAUCCUGGUCACGACUCCUCAUCUCCCACACACUCGCAUUGUUGCGGUUCUACUUUGGGCGAUGGAAGGGGCGGGCAGCCGACGCUGUAGAUGGAGAAGAUGUGCACGCUCGAGCCCGUCCUGUAACUGCACCGAUGGUGUUACCGCAUACAGUAGUCCACGCCUCAUGGUGGAGGUAGGUGAAGAUCGACAAACAACAUCGACACACAAACGAGACACCCGCGCGGUCAGAGAGGCUGCGCCGAUGUUGUGCCACUGUGUAUAUGAGGCCGCGCUCUCCGUCUUCACAUCAUGUCCAGCCAGCACCAUCAGCAUCUCUUCUCAUUCACUUGUCACUCGUUACUCCACAACUUCAGUCACUCUUUCCACGUUCUACAAAAUGCAGCUCGCACUCUCCAUCCUGGCCGCCGGCCUCGUCGGCAUGACAGCCGCCGCCCCACUGCCAGACAAGGACGACAUCAGCACCGGCUACUCCAACAACCAAGAGGUCAUCUCAUACGUGACCAAAUUCGACAACAUCCAGAACGCAGGCCUUCUCGCCGACCUCCCGGUCCGCGGCGUCACAUCUCUCGGACCGUACAACAGCCUCGACUUCCUGCACCUCAACGUGAUCAACGUCGGUGAAGGCGCUGUUGGCCUGAUUCCGCAAUCGGCUCCCAACGUGCUCGCCUAUGAUGUUAUCGCAGCGGCUCAAGGCCCUCAGACCAUCACCUCCGUCUUCGACGACUCAAUCGUCGAUUACUGGAACUUCAAGUCUUUCUUCUUCGGCUGCGUCCUCGCCUCCCAAGAGACCGUCGCUAGUGUGCCGGAUACCUGCACCAUCCAGAUUACCGGAUACAAGAACGAAGUCCAGGUUGCUUCCCAGAAGGCCACCUUCACCGCCGACGGUCUGGAAGACCAGAUGCACCAGGUCUUCCUCAACAACGAUUUCGAGAACAUCGACACCGUGGAGUUCGACACCGUGGGUCUGCUCGACAGCACACUCGAUGCUGUCCUGUUUGACAACCUUUGCUACGAUGUAUACAUUGUUGAGGGCGAGUCGUGCGAUACUUGCUCCGAUUAAGCGCAAAAGCGGAUGGCGUUGUGGCAUUGCAUCAGGAGGAGUUGGGUGCUGUUAUGACCGUGCCCGGGUCGUCUCGUCGAUUUGUAACUGCUAUCGGUUGUUCGAUAUAGUUUCCGCAUUGUGCAAUAAUGGUUA